CAUUAUCAUUUGCAGAAGCCCUCCUUCGUCGGUUGUAUCAAAGCCUCAUUAACUAAUGGCUACAUUAAACCCUAAUGAUACAUUAAAUGCUUAAUGCACCAUUAGUUAAUGGCAUCAUUAAAAUCGGUUGUAUCAAACGUUUAUUAGCAUAUCAUUAUCUAAUGAUGCCUUAAUGUAAGUGUCUUCAUUAACCUGUCAUUAAAUUCGGUGUUUCCCCUAAAUAUUUCCCACAAUUCCUUGACGUAAACACGUACGCGUUACUUCCGGUCGUCUGUCAAAAUGGCAUCGUAUCCACCUAAACCUAGGAAUAGAAACAAGAAUUUCGACAGCUCCGAAAUUCAGCUUAUUGCCGAGUUGGUGGAGAAACACAUCUCCAUACUUAACAGUAAGUUGUGUAGCACCGUCACCCACGAAAGAAAGAAGGCUAUUUGGGCAGAGAUAACUUCCAAAGUUAACGCUCUCGGUGUUUGUCAGCGUACAACAAAAGAAAUAAAAACAAAAUGGACGAACGUGCACCAGACGGCCAAAAGGGAAUUCAGUAACAGACAGCUGGACAUGAGGAAGACCGGGGGAGGGCCCUGUAUUGCCCCACUUUCCACGACGAGUGAAAAGAUAGUCGACAUUUACAAGGAGUGUCCCAGUUUCACUGGACUCACGGGCAUCGAAUCGGACGAUCUAGUGAUGCAAAUGGGUACGGAAGUCGCCGAUGUAAUUGGCUCUCCUUCGACUUUACACCUGUUAGCACGGGCUUUAGAAGAAAAUGUUUGCGAUGUCCCUACUCAGGAAGCGUCUGUGCCCAGUUGUUCCAGCACACAGAUCUACCCAGAAGGAGAACUGUCUGUCGACGCAUCUGCAUUACAUGACGACAUUAGUACCAUCGAAGAGCCUUUGGUCCAGACUGGGGGAAAAUCAAAUCGUGUCACCAAGAGAAAGAUCAAACAGGAUGACAUCACCAGACUGCAGUAUGAGGUUUUGCUUGAGCAGAAAAAGAAAGUCAUUCAGCAAACCAUUUACUUUGAGCUCAUGAACAAGAAGCUCCGAUUGGAGUUGGAUAGCUUGAUGCACCAUGAAUGAAAACGACAUCCUCAUGUUUGAAAUGUUACUAAGAGUUCAUUAAAAAAAUACAAUUAGUUUGAUAGUGUGCUACACAGUGUUGUGUUGUAUAUUGUAUAGCUUCAGUUGAACGAACGGGAGAUAACUAACAAUGUCAAUUCUAAUAAAUUGUUAUCCAUCUUCUACUUUAUACUACAUACAAGUAACCAAACACGUAUCACUUCGGUAGAUUGCUGGGUGCUCUUUACGUAUGUAGCUGUCAAUAACGAUGAGUUUAUGAGAUAAGCCGAUCAGUUAAUACAUGAUUUCGACGAAAUUUAUGUAAACCAUAUUCAAUAAAAUUAAUGUGAUAGACUCAUUGCUAAAGAUACUUGAUAUCUUGAAGAUUUGGGCUGUAAUUCAUCUCUCACAAGAUCGCAGAUAUAUCUGAUGCUUGCCUUCCCAAAACGGUAGCGUGCGUUUACUUCUUCAUCGCUCAUGGAUUCGAGGUGUUGAGUUCGUUUUCUGAAAACACGGUCUUUCCUUGUGCGUCCUAAGCGUUCAAACAAUAUGUUCGCGGCCAUAUUUGUUUUUAAUGACACGCUAAUGAUGCCCAAGAACCUUUAUUAAUUUAAUGACGCGCUAAUGACACCACGACGUCAUUAAAACAUUAGUACAACUGGAUUUAAUGAUGCAUUAGUUAAUGAAGGUUUAAUGACACGUUAAUGCAUCAUUAAAGUUUGAUACGGAAAAUAGCGUUACCGUUAUAGUACAACAGAUUAUGAAUAUGGACCUGCUACCCGAUACUU